AGCGUCAGAAUGUGCAGUUCUGUGUGCCUCGUGGUUCUGGUGGUCCUGGGGGCAGCUGAAUGUGCAGCGCAGCCCCGAGGCCGAAUCCUGGGUGGCCAGGAGGCCAAGGCCCAUACUUGGCCCUACAUGGCUUCGGUGCAAGUGAACGGAACACACGUGUGCGGCGGCACCCUGGUGGAUGAGCAGUGGGUGCUGAGUGCUGCGCACUGCAUAGACGAAGUGACCACGAAUGAGAUUGUGCAAGUGCUCCUGGGUGCCCACUCCCUGUCGAUGCCUGAGCCCUCCAAGCGGCUGUACGACGUGCAAAGUGCAGUGCGUCACCCGGGCAGCCGGCCCGACCGCAUUGAGGACGACCUUCUCCUCUUGCAGCUGUCCCAGAAUGUCUCGCUGGGCCCCUACGUGCACCCUCUGCCCUUGCAACGCGAGGAUCGAGUCAUGCCCCCCGGAACGCUCUGCCACGUGGCCGGUUGGGGUGUGGUCAGCCACGCCGGGCGAAGGCCCGACAUCCUGCAAACCCUGACAGUGCCAAUCAUGGACCGGAACACCUGCAAUCAGCGCGUGCAUCACGACGGGGCCGUCACCAAGAACAUGAUGUGUGCAGAGAGCAACCGCAGGGACACCUGCAGGGGAGACUCCGGUGGCCCUCUGGUGUGCGGAAACACGGUCGAGGGUAUUGUCGCGUGGGGCUCGCGAGUCUGUGGAAACCGCAAGAAGCCAGGUGUCUUUACUCGCGUGUCGACCUACAUAGAUUGGAUCGAAAACGUCAGGAAUGGUAACUUGACGAUCUGA